GUUAAGGAGAGAACUUCGUUUUAUUUUAGGUAACUACAUUCUUAUAGUAUUGAUCGAUACCAGAUAAUCUUAUUAGAUGGUGCAACUCAUGUAUAUUUACCAUUAUACCUUCUUACGUUAACAAAAUCCAGUAGUAUAUAAUCUCAUUAAUUUCAAACUUUGCAUGAAAAGAUCAUUAAAUUUGGAACACAAGCAGUAAAUAGAAUAACCCCUACUUUUAAUGCUUUAAGAAAACGUUUUCCCCUUCAUUAGCACUUUAUGUCAUAUUGUAUGUUACUUUCAUUCUUGUUCUUGACAUGUAUAAAGCCACACCCAUAUCCCCAUUAUCUACACAAACCCAUUCACAGCAGCAAACAAACAGAAAGCCAGAAAAAAUGCCAAAACCCCAAAAAACUCUUGAAGACUACCUCUCCAAGGUGAAAAAAAACCCCACUCCACACAUCCAUUUCCCAUCUAAGAAGAUCUCUUCUUCCACCAGUUGGAUCCUCAGAGGGUGUAAGCACCCAAAAACACACUCCUUUGCUUUGGAUCGCAAAGUGAAGGAGGGCCUUAAGAAUGAUGAUCGUGAUGCAGCAACGCUUGCAGAUAUCGAUCGUUUCCUCUUUGAAAACUUCAAGUCAUUUUAUAUAAACGACGAUGAUGGAGAAACCGAGAAGAUGGGUAGUUGUAAAGAUGGUAAUGCAGGAAAAACAGGUGGGGUUUUACUUGAAUCCCCUCGGGUUAUCAAUCCAAUGCCGGAUGUUUGUAGCACUCAUCGGUUCUUUGCAGGCUCUGGCUCGUCUAGUUCACUGAUGGAGGAAUCCAGGACGAGUAUUACAACCACAUCAGAGGGAAUAGGCUCAAGCUCCACCCCCACCACCUCCGCCACCAGUGCAGAAACAACCACCGAAGUUGGUGGUGAUCCUAAGGAAGUCGUGGGCACCGAUGAUUUUAUUGCUGUUUUCACUUACUCUCCGAGUCCAUACGAUGAUUUCAGGCACUCAAUGGAGGAAAUGAUUGAAGCCAGGUUGCGUCAUCAGGGGAAGGUAGAUUGGGAAUUCAUGGAAGAGCUUUUGUUUUGCUUCUUGGAUUUGAAUGACAAAAAGUCAUACAAGUACAUACUGAGCGCUUAUGUUGACCUGAUCACGGUUUUACGUGAGAACUCUGGCAAGGUUCCAGCAAGAUCAAGUUCGGUCAACCAACGAAAGGAGAUGGAGUAAAGAUGAGAUCAACACGUAAGGUUUUUGUUUUCAAAGAACAAAUAACCCUCACAUGCAAUUUUUGCAUGUGACAUGAGAUAUAUAUUUUAAUAGUAACGUAUACAGCUUCAUAUAACAGCUAUGUUGGAGAGUAAAACCUUAGUACGAUUCGAAGUUUUGUAUGUUUGUGAUUUUUGGCGAGAUUUCAUAGAUAUGAAAUAGUAAGCCUUGUCUGUUGUACGUACCCGGUGCUUACACCUUAACCAUCACAGUCUCCAGCCACAAUAAUAUUACAGCUUUGUUUUGGGGUAUAUAUCAUCUCUC